CCGGAGACGACCCGCAGCCCGGACGCCAGACAGGGGAACACCCGUGGCUGCCCCCUCAUUGGCUCCUGGAGGCCGGAAGUACAUGAGUCCGGCGGAAGUACUCCUACUGUGAGCGUCCACCAGGCCGGGACCCUCAGAGAUCAAAAUGGCUUCCAGAGGAAAGACCGAGACAAGCAAAUUAAAGCAGAAUUUAGAAGAACAGUUGGAUAGACUAAUGCAGCAAUUACAAGAUCUGGAGGAAUGCAGAGAGGAACUUGAUACAGAUGAAUAUGAAGAAACCAAAAAGGAAACUCUGGAGCAACUAAGUGAAUUUAAUGAUUCACUGAAGAAAAUUAUGUCUGGAAAUAUGACUUUGGUAGAUGAACUAAGUGGAAUGCAACUGGCUAUCCAAGCAGCUAUCAGCCAGGCCUUUAAAACCCCGGAGGUCAUCAGGUUAUUUGCAAAGAAACAACCAGGUCAGCUUCGGACAAGGUUAGCAGAGAUGGAUAGAGAUCUCAUGGUAGGAAAGCUGGACAGAGGCCUGUACACUCAACAGAAAGUGGAGAUACUAACAGCUCUCAGGAAACUUGGAGAGAAGCUGACUGCGGAUGAUGAGGCCUUCUUGUCAGCAAAUGCAGGUGCUAUACUCAGCCAGUUUGAGAAAGUCUCUACAGACCUUGGCUCUGGAGACAAAGUUCUUGCCCUGGCAAGUUUUGAGGUUGAAAAAACAAAAAAAUGACAUGGUGUGGAGGCUUGGGACAUUGAUCACAUUCUUGCUAUAAAUGACGUUUGUCUUCUAGGAUUUUGAAUCAUUGCAAAGAAAUCAAGAGAUUCUUGAAAUGCACUGAUAACCUAAGAAAAGGUGACAGGAAAACACUUGUGGCUUCUGGUUGACCUUUCAGCAUUGUGCUUUUUGUAGGGCUGCCUGCCUGAGUCAUCCUAGACUUGUUGGGAUGAGGGACCCGUUGGACCUUAUUCAUUAUGUCUUGUGUGUUUGAGAGACCAGAAAACAGUUUCUCUGCCUGUUUUUGUUAAGCCUCCUUGUUUUUAAGUUCUGAUAGUAAAUGAAAAGAUGUGAAGUAA